UCCACUCUAGUCAAAAAAAAAAAAAAAAAAAGCCCAGAUGGACUCACUGGUCAGUUCUACAUGACACACGCCGAGGUCCUUGCCCCCUUCCUCGCCGCCACGUUCAACAACAUGCUGCUCGACCCGCAGACCAUCACCAGUGACUUCAAGUGUGGAAUCAUCCACACCAUCUUCAAGAAAGGAGACAGACUGGACAUUGCCAACAGACGUCCAAUCACCUUACUCAACGUGGAUUACAAGCUCCUCAGCAAGGUCAUCAAUGCCAGACUCACUAAGCUCCUCGACAGUCUGAUCAACCCAUUACAGAAUGGCUUCGUCCCCGAGAGGCUGAUCCACGACAACACCAUCCUCCUGCAGGAAGUCAUCGACACGGCUGCCCAAGACAUGGCCACUGGCUAUGUCACGCUGUUUGAUUUCCAGAAGGCGUUCGACUCCAUAUCACAUGACAGCAUCGAGCGCACUCUCCGCCACGUCGGCAUCCCACCAUUGAUGGUCGGGCUCGUCAUGGCCCUGCUGCGGGGAUCCGUGGCCAGAGUCAGCGUCAACGGCAUCCUCACUGAUGCCCUGCCCCUGGACAGAGGCACCAAGCAAGGUGACCCUCUCUCCCCGACGCUCUUUGUCCUGGUCAUCGAGGCACUGGCAGCAGCAAUCAACGCCGACCCAUCCAUCGUGGGCCUGCCGGUGUCACCGCCCCUCAAGGUCAAGCUUCUCCAGUUUGCCGAUGACACUGCAGCGCUCACCAGGUCACUCGAGGAACUCUUGAGAGUGAUUGAAUGGUUCAAGGUCUUCUGCAAUGCCACCUCGCCAGCCAUCAAUGUCGACAAGUCUGUACACAUUGUCCUGGGCGAUGCACCAACGUCUGAGCUCCCCUACCCAGUGGCCACCGAACCUGAAAGGUACUUGGGCGUCAACUUCACCAAGCAGGGCAUCUACUCCAAGUUCAAGACUCUCAUCAGCUCCCUCCGCGGCAGACUCUCGCUCUUCAAGUCUGAAAGCACCACACUGCGGUCCAAGGUUGCAGCUCUCAAGUCUUACGCCCUCCCUCCGCUGAUGUACCACUUCUAUCUGGACUCACCGACCAAGUGGCAGAUCAAGAAGAUCGAAAACCUCACCAAAUGGUUCAUCUCAGCCCCCAAGACCACCGCCUACGGCUCCAGCUUCAUCAACACGAUGGCACUGGACCGCGCCAGCUUCCAUUGGGAUCAAAGUGGCCUCAACCUCUGGGACAUUGGCCUCAGAUCAAAUGCCUACAAGGUAUGGGUGUUCAAUCGUUUCCUCAACACCCCAGCCAAUCUCACCCAUGGCUACCUGGACUCGUGGAGAACUCAACACCGCAACGCCAGGAAGCGCCUGGGAGGCAAGUUCACUGGCCUCUUCCGCAAGUUCCACACACCUUGGAUGGAGUUCCGCUCCGCCCACCUCUCCAGCCAUAGCGACAAGGUACCUCUCUUGGAUAGCAAUGGUGUCACCCUCAGUCUGAAAGACAUCUAUGCCAUCCUCUGGAAGGCAAAGUAUGGCUCAAUCAGACUGACAGAGGGUCAAUGGCAGCUCAGUGUCUUCCACGGCCUCAAGCUCCCAGACAUCUUCAAGGUCAUCAGCACCCUGAGAGGACCAUCCUCACGUAACGCCCUCUUCAGAUUCUCCCAUACUCUCCCAAUCAAUCAUAUGAGAGCAGACGCUGACUGUACCCUCUGUGGCAACUCCUGCACAGACCAACCCUACAAUCACUUCUUCUUUGACUGCAGCAAAGUGGAAACCCAAGAAGCCAUGCGCCCAGCCUUAGACUUGGUGAAGCAACGCUCUGGUAUCAAUGUCAGAGAAUGGAACAUCAAAGCACUGGACAUCUCCGCGAAGUCUCGUCGCCCCAACCUUCCAUUCAUCCACCUCAUGGCAAUCAUCGUCAACUACCUCUGGCACUACAUCGCCAACCACCUCUUUGGCAACAAGGAGGCCCUGUUGGCCAAGCUCAGCUUGGUGUGCAUCACAUCCUUCAAGUCCCUCCUCCGCCAGGAGUGGCGCUCCCUCAUGUCCACGCUAACGAGUCACAUCCUGGCCGGACGACCAGUCAACAUCAAGAAUGAGAUGGCCGAGUUCACU